AUGAAGCCAAAAUUCGUUACUAUCAAGCUUAUAUCAAUACUUUUUUUAUACCCCCUUGAUUGUUUUACUGCAAUAGUACCAUUCAGAGAUUCUAUUGAACUUGUGUUUACCCCCGAAGAUAUCAAAAAAAGCACAGACUAUGCUUUGUGGAAAAUUCCUGCUGUUAAAAAGAAUUUUAAAACUACCGUUAAGCAAAAACUACUCAACAGAUUACUAAAUAAGGACCUUCAGGAAAUCAAUCCAAAUCCAUAUGACGAAGAGUUAUUUGAAGAAGAACAGGAAAAAGUGAAAGCAAAUGAAAUUUCAAACACUUUUCAGAUAGUGGAACUUGACAUCAAAAAACCGAAUGGUGUUAUGCGAUCAGUUUUGAAAGGUCCAUCAUCGACAGAGAAGAAUCAGGCAAAGUUGGUUGUUCAAAGUAACAGAAAUACACUUCUAAAAAAUAACUUCAAAGAAAGUAGGACAGGAAAUGAAGUAAAGCAUCAGUUUCAAGAACUUAGUAGUGAACAUCUUGGGUAUCUGCAUCCUAGACGUGUCAAGAAUAUCAAACACGACUUUAACAAAAUGCCUAGUGAAAUACCCGAUAAUACAGCUGAUUCAAAUUCAGAUAGCGAAGAAGAUGAUGAUCACGAUGGUUUACAAGAUGGAAAGACAGUUGAUCCAUUUUAUGACGAUUAA